AUUUACUCACCUAUCCGAGGUGCCGUAAUCCGUCAGCAAACACCACUUCACGAGCUGCGUCCGACGUCGUUGAAAGCCGUAAUCUAUCCGAACACUUGAAGUAGUUCUUCUCCAGUGUCUCCCACGAAUGGGUCUACCGUGUGUCGCGGAUCGAUGACAAAAUAUGUACACUAAUCGAAGCAAGAAUGUGACUUUGCCGCGUAUCCACAUCGAUAAGGGCUCCUUCAAUCGGGAUCAGACCAACAUCGACGAAAGUAGUAAUUUACUGCUGCUUGGAAGUCCUCAGUCGGAGAAACUAUCGCCGUCGGUUUACACCCCACUGACAUCGGUCGCCCGGAGCAGCCCCGGACUGGCGGGACUUGGUUCCCUCACACCACGGUCACCAAGCAGAAGAACCGGUGCCUACCGACCGAGCGUGUUCGCCCACCGUCUGCACCGGAGGGCAGUGUUUAAAAAUGGCUACUGCAAUGUUGCCCCGAUCAAGGGUUCCCGGAAGCACCUCCGUUUCCUGCAGGACAUGUUCACGACGCUGGUGGACGCACGAUGGCGCUACACGUUGAUGGUUUUCGCGCUUGGAUUCGUCAUUUCGUGGCAGUUUUUUGCCCUGCUCUACUGGUUCGUUUCAUACUCGCACGGAGAUCUGGACGAGCAACAUUUGCCGCAGAAUCAAGAUACGAACGGUUGGAAGCCCUGCAUCGCCGGUGUCUACAGUUUUGCAUCCUGUUUCCUGUUUUCGCUUGAAACUCAGCACACCAUCGGGUACGGAUCUCGAGCUACCACCGAGGAAUGUCCGGAAGCCAUAUUCGUGAUGACACUGCAGUCGGUGCACGGAGUGAUGAUACAGGCUCUGCUAGCCGGAAUUAUCUUUGCGAAAAUGACUCGACCGAAGAACCGGUCUCAGACACUGCUCUUCUCGAAGCAGGCCGUAAUUUCGAUGCGCGAUGGUGAACUCUGUCUGAUGUUCCGGGUCGGAGAUAUGCGCAAGAGUCACAUCAUCGGUGCCAGCAUCCGGGCUCAGCUGAUCCGAGGGAAAAUGACUCGCGAAGGGGAACUGAUGGCCCAGUAUCAGAUCGAGUUGGAAGUCGGAGUGGAUGGUUGCGGAUCGGAUAUGUUUUUCAUAUGGCCUCAAAUCGUGGUCCAUCGAAUCAAUGCCGAUUCGCCUCUGUACGGGUUAAGUGCUUUGGAACUGUUGCAGGAAAAAUUCGAAAUCGUCGUCAUUUUGGAGGGAACUAUCGAAUCCACCGGUCAGACAACCCAAGCCCGAUCCAGCUAUUUGAGUAGUGAAAUUUUGUGGGGCUAUCGAUUCGAACCCAUUCUGUUCUACAACAAACAACGGCAAACGUACGAAAUCAAUUUGGAUAAAUUUGACGAACCGGUUCCGGUGGAAACUCCCAGCUGUUCAGCCAAAGAAAUGUUAGAAGGAGCCAACUACUGCAGCCAUGAAAACCUCGUCGACAAGCAAUGCUUCGAAUAUGGCAGUUUGGUGGAAAAAUUGCAUCACUUUCAGGUGGAAGAUGAAAAAAGUCAUCAGCAGCCGACAGUCGAUGGGUCCGUUUUUAGACUGCAACAGCACGAAACGGCCGAGGUCAAAGAUGUCACCGGAAAUGGCACCGUCUAUUCAAAGGAACCGCUCGGAGGUCGCCGAUCAGCUUCCGCAGGUUGGCUAAAACGUUGCAGCAGCAACAACAAUGAAAACGAUGAAACCGUCAGCGGAGUGGAGAAAGUUUCGAUUUGCUGAGAACGAGCGAAACGGAAACAGAAUCGACGAAGCGCGUUUGGCACUGCAUUUAGGCGUUAUCGCCAGCAGUAGCAGCGUUUAACGCCUGAAUGUGGCAUUUAUCUUUCAAUAACUGAUGAAGAACGGAUGGUAGGGUUUACAAAACCGAUUAUUAAUGCUGAAAAUUUUGAAAUGUUUCAUUGAACAUUAUUCUAUAUUAUAUAUUGUAUCCUAGGUACUUAGUCGCUCACUAAUUUUAAACAUAAAAAUAUGAAUUUAAAUACUUCUGAAAAGCUAUAUAGUAUUAAUGACUCUAGUUUCAGAUAUCGAAAUAGCAUAUCUUGCUGUUUCUGCUCUAAAUUCGAUUUUAACAUGUGAAAUCAAAAUUGAUUCUGAGAAAUAAACUGAU